AUGAACAGAAAUAUUAAAUACAGAUCAGUUGCAUAUGGAACAUGGCAUGUUGGUGAUGCUAGAAAAUUUGUGGAAGAAAAAUUUAAUAAUCAAAUAAAUAAUAUAAAAUUAAAUGAUAUUGAAUCAAAAAUUUAUCCACCAAAAGAUGAAACAAUUAUAGAUAAAAAAGAUAAAAAUUUUUUAACAUUACAGAUAUCUUCAGAUAAUGAUAUACUAUUUAAAGAUGAAUUAAAGAGUGUAACACCAAUAAUAGAAGUACCAAUUAAUUUUAAAUUUUUACCAAAUUUUGAUUAUUAUAAUCAAGAAGAUACAUUUUUGACAAUUUCUACAACUGAAACAGACUCAUUACAAUUUGACUCAUUAAAAAAAAGAAAAAAGAUUUCUAUUAAUAAUCAAUAUUCAAUGGCUGAUUCGGGAAUUGUUGAUAAUUCUGAUUCUUCUCCUGAAGGUGAUUGGUACUCAUCAACAGAAUAUAUACAAUAUUGUCAAAAGAUGCAACAAACUGCAAAUACUGAAGAUGAUUUUAGUUUUUCAUCAACAAUACCAAAUACCAAAAAAGAUGAUAAUAAUGAUUGUUGUUCAUUGGAGACAAUUUAUCAAAACUCAGUAAGUUCAACUUCUAAUAUUCCAAUAAAAAAUACAAAUAUUUCUCCUACAAUAACAUUUAAUAAUCCAUAUAAUAAACCUUCAAAAGAAACUUCAAAAAUAAAUACUAAAAAUAUACCUUUCCCUAAAUUGAGGACAACGAUGACAGCACCUUGUCAAAUAGUUCCUUUAAAUAAUGAUUAUACUCAUUAUAAUUGUAAAUCUAAUAAUUUAAAUCAUUACGAAAGAAAUUUUAUUAUCAAUCCUCCUAUAAAUAAUAUUCUCUAUACUAAUUAUUGUAUACCAUAUUGUGAAACUAACUAUAAAACAAUGGUUAAUAUUUUACCCCAAGAAAAUAGUCAAUAUUCUAUUAAUUGUAAUAAUUUUUCGGUGUUAAAUGAUUCAUUUAAUAAUUCACAAGAUAAUUCAAUUAUUAUGAAAGAAAAUAAUAAAUAUUAUACAAAUUUAUCACCAUAUGAUGAAAAAAAUAAUAUAAAGUAUUUCUCAAAUAGUAUUGAUAAAAGACGUGCAAAAAGUGUAGAAGUUAAUAUUUUACAUUCUGUUAUUCCAAAUGAUCAAGGAUAUAACACAAUGAGGAUAAAAAAUUUAAAAAAUCCUUCAACUAUUACAAUGAAAGAUGAAUUGAAGUGUGAUAUAUUUUAUGAUAAUACAAAUAAUAAAAAUGAAUUUAUAAAUAGUAGGAAAGAUGGAAAUCAAAUAGCUGACAAUUAUGAUAAUAAAAGGGAUAAAAGUUUUUCAGCAAUAAAAAGUACGAAAAAUUUUUUUCAACGUAUUUUUAAUAAUUCAUCAUCAACAUUACCUAAAAAAAUGAAAAAAAUAAAUGAUAAGAAUGUCUCAAAAAAUGAAGAUUGGUCAAAUAUUAAUGAUAAAAGGACGAUGCAAAGAUAUGGUACAAUUCAUAGAACAAAAACAGAUACAAAUUAUAUCAUUAAUCCAACAAUAUAUCAUGAUUUAUUAAAAAAACAAUAUCAAUCUGAUAUACAUAUUAAUAAUCAUAUCCAUCAAUAUAUUAAUGAAAAUUUAUAUAAAGACUUGUCAAAUGAUAAAUCAUUGUCACAAAAAUCAUCCUCAGAUAGUUGUUAUACUUCAGCAACAUCAAGUAACUCGCCAAUUUAUACAUCAAAUAAUAAAAGUAUAAUUGAUAAAUUAAAAGAUGAAAGACUAAUAAAAGAAAAAGAUUAUCCUUCUAUUGAUGAUUUUAAAAACUGGAACGAAAUUCAUACUUAUUUAAAAAAUGAACUUGAAGUUAUAAGAGAAAAGGACAAUCGUAUUUUAGAACAAUUAAGAUAUACAGAGGAACAGAUAAAUAAAUACAAGAAAUCUUUACUAUAA